AGCGCGCAGACCCGCCCUCCGGACGCCAUUUCUCAGUAAUACACUCGGCUGGAGGGUUGGAGCCGUAUACCAUUAAGAGGAACGAUUUUUUAGAAAUACUAAACGAACUUAUUUUGAAAGAAGAUAAUUGAGAAGUAAACGAUAACGGGAGGUCCAGGCUCCAAGAUUGUAUACGGUGUAGGAUGCCGACCGGGAGCACAUUCACUUGAUAGUGAAUAUUUUUUGUCUGAAGACGUGUUGCAGGCCGCCAUUUUUGUUACUGCCUCAAAAGUCUGUCUGGAGUCAAAAAGGGGUUAGAACAAAUAUCCCCAAUCCGUGCCUUGAACAUAUAAAGAAGAACGUCGUAUCAAAUAAUCGUGGACGAAAUCGCCAGACUUCAGUUGCGUUGAAUCGACAUGUAGACCAGUUAGCAAUUGUAAGUGAGGCGACCUUUUCCGUAGUGUGAACUGACAGUGACUGGAUAUAGUAGCUAUAUUGUUUCAUAAGCUAGCUAACGUUACUUUUUCGGAAGAGGGAACGGAAAGGGGAACCUAUAUGGGUUAUUGUUGCAUGAAGCCUCUUCUACUUGACUGACGUACUGGUGUUUUUUACAGAAAGAACAAAUCUUGCAGCAGUCGCGAGAGCUAAAAACCAACACAAUGCAUCAAAGUUGGCUCAUGCUAGUCCCAGCCUGUCUGUGAGACGUCAGGUUGCGAAUCCAGUGUUCUGGAGAAUUCACUGGAGAAAGCUCUAGCUGUUCUUUGGAAUAACAGGGGAAUUGUCGUAGAAUCUCCAUCUCCUAUUUAUUAUUUAGUAGUACAUUGUAUUUUAGCCAUUAUUUUUGAUAGUUAAUUUAUAUCGUUUUAAACAUGUCAUCUGCAAGGUUCGAUUCUUCAGACCGUUCCAGUUGGUAUUUUGGGCCGGUUUCGCGGCAGGAGGCACAAAAUAGGUUACAAGGACAGAGGCAUGGAAUGUUUUUAGUUCGGGAUUCAUCCACUUGCCCAGGCGACUAUGUGUUGUCCGUAUCGGAAAACUCAAAAGUUUCGCACUAUAUCAUAAAUUCUUUACCAAGCAAGAGGUUCAAAAUUGGAGAUCAGGAGUUCGAGCACCUCCCUGCGCUUUUGGAGUUCUACAAGAUCCAUUAUUUGGACACGACUACUUUGAUAGAACCUGCCCCCAGGUUCCAUACAACAGUCCUUGGCAGUGGCCCCAUUCAGCCUCCAGGCCUGCCUGACGAAGAGAACCUGGAGUAUGUGCGGACUCUGUAUGACUUCACAGGGAGUGAUAUGGAGGAUCUGCCCUUCAAAAGAGGCGAGAUUCUCAUCAUCCUGGACAAGCCAGAAGAGCAGUGGUGGAGCGCUAAGAGCAAGGAGGGUCGCGUUGGCAUGAUCCCUGUGCCCUACGUGGAGAAGCUGGUGCGGCCCCACCCUGGUCAGCCUGGGCACUCCACCCGCAACUCCAACAGCUACGGCAUCCCAGAGCCCGCACAUGCCUAUGCGCAGCCUCAGACACCCUCGCCACUGCCUCCGGGCACACCUGGAGCCGUCAUUACCCCACUUCCCAACAUGCAGAACGGCCCAGUCAUGGCCAAGGCUAUCCAGAAGCGGGUGCCCUGCGCCUACGACAAGACCGCCUUGGCACUAGAAGUUGGGGACAUUGUGAAGGUGACUCGGAUGAACAUAAGCGGCCAGUGGGAAGGGGAGGUAAAUGGCCGGAGGGGUCUCUUCCCCUUCACCCAUGUCAAAUUGUUGGACGGCCAGAACCCGGACGAAAGCGAAUGACAUGGGAGCACCUCUCCAGCCUGCCCUGCCUUUCAGCCACCCCUCUGCUCGCCCGCCUUCCCCAAGUACAUGUGCAUUGACCCCCUCCUCUGCCCUAGUCCUGCGCUACCUGCAGAGCCUCUCUUCGGAGACAUUAAAAGCGUUGUGCGGCUUCUGAUUGUUUACAGCCAUCUCCGUACGGUUCCUAACCCAUCUCCCUCCCCGACAUGCUCACAAGUGAAUCAGUAUUUUUGGGUUGAUUUGUAUGGUUGAUUUUUGUUUUGUUUGUUUGUUUGUUUGUUUGUUUUGUUUUUAUUUUUCCCUGUCUGGAUAUUUCAAGGGCCUCAACAUAUUGAUCUUGUAGACAAUGAGAUGAGCUAUAAGUGUGCUGUAGCACCCACAGUGAUGGUGUGUGUGUGUGUGUGUGUGUGUGUGCGUGUGCGUGCAUGCAUUGUGUGUGCGUCGUGUGUGCGCGCGUGUGUGUGCGCGCGCUCGCGUGUGCUCGCGUGUGUGCCCCAUCUUCCAUGUCCCCCAUUCCCUUUUUCCUUACGACCUUUUCCUCCAGAAACAAACAAUGUGGCUUAUGAAAUCAAACUGAAGCAUGGACUGGUCACCCACAGGCCAAAAGUACAUUUGUGAGCACCUUUGUGGACAUUAAUGGAUUAAUGACAACGACAGAAAGAAGGGAAGGAAGAGCAUAUUGCUUAGUCAUUGUCAGCGAAGAUGCAGAAGCAGCAGCAGCAGCUGCGCUGUUUUGAGGCCGUCUUGCCAAGCCCUUUACCCGAGCUGUCCAAAUCAUUCACAUUGUAUAUUAACUUUACUCAGACGCUGGCUGCCUGCUGCCUCCAUAGAGAAAUGGAAUUCAAGUGGUGUGUUACUGAACAAGCAAGGGAACACAAGCGAAAGAGGAAAUGAACCUGCCAGUGGUAGGAGUUGGAAGGAAAGAGACAAUUUGGUGGGGGAGUCACCAAUUCAUGUGUCCAGCUUCAGUAGAGUUUUGUGUGUUAACUGGUCUGCCAUUGUAGCCUUUUUUUUUUUUUUUUUUUUCAUUUGUGCCAUAACACAAAGCCUGUCAAUUGCAGGUGUGCUGAUCAGCUGGAUGGAUUUCACAUGCACUUUGAGGGCUUCUAAUUUAAGGUCAGCGAAGAGCAAGCACUACUCAGUACAGGAACAGGAAACUCGGUACAGUAGCAAAAAUAGUCAAAGUAGUCUAGUAGGUUAGCCAAAACUGGACUCUUACAGCCAUCACAGCACAUGAUCCAUGCCUUUAUCUCCGAUUAGUCGUUGUUUUUACAACCUGUCUCUUCUCCUUUGUGACUCUUGGGGAAAUGUGGGUCAAUCUUCCAGCUUCUUUCCCUUUACUAGCACGGACAAGAUCCCCUGCAUCAUGGAUCGUAGACCUGGAUCAUGCACACUUUGCCACAUCUUCUGCAGUACCAGAACUUGCCUAAUUGCGUGCUUCGUCCCCACUAGCUGCUAGCUGUCUGGCAGACGACACACAAUUAACUUUUUACUGUGAUGGAGAAAAAGACAAAGGCAGUCCUUGCCACCAGGAGCUAGCUAUUUUUUGUAAUUUGCUUAAGUAACACCGCUUUGCAGAAGAUGGGGAGGGGGUUGCUCUUUCCACUUUCCACUUUUUGUCUCUUUGUUUUCGUCCUUCGGUCAGCUGUUGAAUCAAGCAUUUAAUGUGUGUUUGAAAAUAAAACAGUUGUAAAAAAAAAAAAAAACUGUGUUGACGGUAGGUGACUUUCUAAAAAAGAAAUUAAAAAAGAAUAAAAAAAAAAAAACACAAAAGGGAUUCAAAUGCCUGUUCGUGGCCUCUGUGCAUGAGCUCCUGGCCAGUGAUGGAGAUCCCCAUCCUCCCGCUGGUCAAAUGCUGCUUCAUGUCAUCCUUUCCUUAUUGCCGUGAUGUGGAACUGUACAUCUUCCCCAGUAGCUGAUUCAGUCCAAAUGUACGAUGUGGCACCCACAACCCUUACCUCCAAUACCCCCCCCACCACCACCACCACCACCACCACCACAUUAAGCAAUACACAGGCUUUUUGCUCUAACACUCUAACUUAAUUUUAAAAAGUGACAUUUUCUCGUUUCCCCAAAAGGCAUUAACAGUAUUACUGUGCUUUUUGUUUCUCUCUUGCUCUCCCUAAGACAAGCCUUUUCCAUUUGAUCUUUCCUUAGAUUGAAACAGAAAUUGUGCCUUUUUAUGUUUUGUUCAUAUACCAUUGUGGUAUUAAUUCUCAUGGUUAACACCCGUGCUGGUAUAAUGCAUAAUGUACAGAACGUAAAUAAAAUUUACAAGUACUUUCUAA